AUGUCGCUCAAUAUACCCAGCGCGCCGAACGCCGGCUUGUUUAAGCAGGGCUAUAAUAGUUACGAUGCUGAAGAUGGAGCUGUCCUACGCAACAUCGAUGCCUGCCGGGCCAUCUCCUCGACAGUGCAGACGUCGCUGGGCCCGUAUGGCCGUAACAAGAUCGUCAUCAACCACCUGCAGAAGAUGAUCCUCACGUCCGACGCCGCCACCAUCCUGCGCGAGCUCGAUGUUGUCCACCCCGCUGCAAAGCUACUUGUCAUGGCCAGCCAACAGCAAGAGUCAGAGAUGGGCGACGCGACGAACCUGGUCAUCGUCCUUGCCGGGGAGCUGCUCAAGAAGGCGGAGGAUCUAUUACGUAUGGGGUUGAAGACGUCCGACAUCGUUACCGGCUACGAGCGCGCGCAGAAGAUUGCCCUCGAUACGCUCGAGGAGCUGGAGAUUGACAAGGUGGAGGACUUGCGGUCACAAGAGGAGCUAAGCAAGGCCGUCCGGACUGUCAUCGCCAGCAAGCAGAACGGCAACGAGGAAUUCCUGGCCAAUCUGGUGUCUGAGGCCGUGUUGUCUGUGCUGCCAAAGAACCCCGCCAACUUCAACGUCGACAACAUCCGCGUCGUGAAGAUCAUGGGCGGCAGUCUAGACCAGAGCCGCGUCGUGAAGGGCAUGGUGUUCCCCAAGGAGCCGAAUGGAUCAGUUAAGAAGGCCAGAAAGGCCAAGGUCGGCGUCUUUACUUGCCCCAUUGACAUCAGCCAGACCGAGACCAAGGGCACCGUGUUAUUACACAACGCCAACGAGAUGUUGAAUUUCAGCAAGGGCGAGGAGGAACGGCUCGAAGCGGCCAUCAAGGAGCUGCACGACGUCGGCCUACGUGUCGUCGUGGCGGGCUCCACCGUCGGUGAGCUGGCCAUGCACUUCCUGGACCGCUACGGCAUCCUGGUCAUCAAGAUCCUCAGCAAAUUUGAGCUGCGAAGAGUGUGCAGAGUCGUGGGCGCCACCCCUCUGGCCCGCCUCGGCGCGCCCAUGCCGGAUGAGAUGGGCAACAUCGACGUGGUCGAGACACAGGAGAUUGGCGGCGACCGGGUGACCGUUUUCAGACAGGAGGACGAGGCGACAAGGACAGCGACCCUGGUGCUUCGCGGCGCCACGCAGAACCACCUGGACGAUGUUGAACGGGCUGUCGAUGAUGGUGUCAACGUCAUCAAGGCUAUCACCAAGGACGCUCGCCUUGUCCCCGGUGCUGGCGCAACAGAAAUCGAGCUCGUCGAGAGGAUACAGGCGGUUGGCGACAAGACGCAGGGGCUGGCACAGUACUCGAUCAAGAAGUAUGGCGAGGCCUUUGAGGUGGUGCCACGAACUCUGGCUGAGAGCGCUGGCUUGGAUGCCACCGAGGUUCUCAGCCGGCUAUAUGCUGCGCACCAGAAAGAGAGCGGCUGGUCCACCGGCGUUGAUAUCGAGAACCACGAUGAUACUGGCACACUCGAUGCCGAGGAAGAGGGCAUCCUGGAUUUGCUUGUGACCAAGCAGUGGGCUAUCAAGCUCGCGACGGAGGCUGCCAGGACGAUCCUCUCUGUCGACCAAAUCAUCGUUGCCCGGCAAGCCGGCGGGCCGAAGCCCCCUGGACCCAACCCGAACUGGGAUGAGGACUGA